CAAUUUCACUUGGGAUAUUGUAUUUUUGUUCCUGUGUCAACGAAAAGGAUAGAGAACUGAAUAACUAGUAGCUAGCUUGCUACUCUGGCAAUUGGCCACUGUAUAACUCUUGGUAUAACUAUUUUCUCAUAGUAUCGCACUUUCCGUCACUGCAUAUAUACCAAAACAAACAGGAUAGAUUUUGAUAGAAUAACGAACCACUUUUUGAGUAGUAGCAUUUCAUCUAGCAAGCUACACAGUUGUCUACAGUAACGCGUUAAUUUAGCUAACUUGAUUGCGUGUUGUGUUUGGUCUUUCGAGAUCUCGGUAUUCGUCCGUAACAGUACAGUAUAUAAAGAUUUCAGUGCCGUGUGCCACUUGUUCAACAAUCAUAUGGUAAAUAGCUUUGGCUAAGCUGCUAACGUUAGCAUUUCGCCCUAGUUAUUAGCUGGGUACUUCGCCGGCGGGCGAGAAUCCUUUAGCUAGCAGUAACACAAUCGUCGUUAGCCAAUUCUCUCCCAAGAAUUGCCCGUCACCCGAAUCAACACUUUUGAAGACAUGAACUCCAAUGUGGAGAACUUGCCCCCCCAGGUUUUGCGUCUGGUGUACAAAGAGGUGUCGGCACUAGCUGCUGACCCGCCUGAGGGCAUAAAGAUAUAUCCCAGCGAAGAAGACAUUACUGAACUCCAUACAGCCAUCGAAGGACCAGAAGGAACCCCAUUUGCAGGAGGUGUUUUUCGGAUGCGCCUCGUUCUGGGAAAGGACUUCCCUGCUGCGCCACCGAAAGGGUACUUUCUAACCAAGAUAUUCCACCCUAAUGUGGGACAUAAGGGAGAGAUCUGUGUCAAUGUGCUUAAGAGGGACUGGAGGGCAGAGCUGGGACUCAGACAUGUAUUACUGACCAUUAAGUGCCUUCUGAUCCAUCCUAACCCUGAGUCAGCUCUCAACGAGGAGGCAGGGCGUCUCCUCCUGGAGGACUAUGCAGAGUAUGCUUCCCGCGCUCGUCUCCUUACUGAGAUCCAUGCCAUGGGAGGGCACGGGGGGACCUCGGGUGCGCCCCAGGAUCCUGCUGAUGGCCCCCAGCCCAAAAAACAUGCAGGUGACCCUACCAAGAGGGCGAUGGGGCCAGGGGUUGCUGCUCUGGGUAAUGGAGCUAACGGAAGCACCACUACCUCCAGCAGUAGUAGCAAUAGUAAUGUUGUUGGGAAGAAGAAAACAGAUAAAAAGCGGGCAUUGAGGCGACUCUAAUUGUGUGUGUGUGUGUGUGUGUGUGUGUGUGUGUGUGUGUGUGUGUGUGUGUGUUGAAGUGAGCAGACUAUUUUUUUUGUGGGUCCCUGAUUCUUCUCUGUCCCCGACUCUUCUGUCCGUUUUGUACUCAUUGCAUCAAUACCUAUUAAUUCCUUAUUGCCAUAUAUUUUCACCCCAAUCUCCUGUGUUAGUGGAUUCCUCACUGUCAUGAUCUGAGGUUUUGUUUUUUGUACGAAUUGCGUGUGUAUGGCAUGCAGUAGCAAACCGUAAAGACCAUGCUCAAGAUAUGGGAGAUGAUAGAAGCUGAAACUAUCUGAAAUCUGGGUCAGUUUUCACCAAACAAUAUCUUGGCUGGUCUUGCAGAAACAGAAAAUGUUUUUCCAUCCCCUGUUUUUGACAUGGCUCCUGUUGCUGAAAUGGUACUUCGUACUUCCCAGCUAGAUUCUUAUUGGGAAACUGCUUAGAUGAGAUUUUUUGUCAUGUCUAAAUUGUCCACUUAUACCAGGGGUAGGAAGCUUUAUUCCUGGAGUGUUCAAGCAUUUCUUUCUAACUAAACACCACAGAAGUUACUUAAUUCAUGAACAACUUCACUGGUGGUACAAAUUCAAGACACUUGGUGUUCUAGGUUUGUUAAAUCGUACAUUCAGUCCUGGGCUAGGGCUUCCUACCACUAUUUUUUUUUUUUAAGAACAUCAUCCAACUGUGGUGAGUGGAACCCAACUUGAGAUUGUCAGUGGAUUGUUC